AUGACACUCAUACUUCAGUUCAUGCACAAGGUUGGUGUGGAGGAAGGAGUCAGGUGUGUGGAUGUGUAUGGUUUCGAGAAUGAUUUGUUGGAAUUCAUUCCACGGCCAUGCUAUGCCGUACUGUUGUGCUUCCCAGAUAUUGACAAGGUUAAUGAAAUCAUGAAGCCUGUUUAUGCGAAAAUGAAGGAGAGCGGUAGUGCUGUCCCGAAUGAUGUCUUUUUUAUGAAACAGAAAAUCUCAAAUGCGUGUGGAACAUUUGCUCUUAUUCAUUCGCUUGCCAAUAAUCGCGACAAAAUCUGUCUCGGUGAUGGAUCUCUUAAAAAGUGGCUCGAUAAGGCACUGCCAUUGGGUAUCGAUGAGCGUUCCGAUUCAUUGGCGCAGGAUGCAGAACUUGCGGAAGCUCAUGAAAGUUGUGCUCGAGGUGGUGAUACUGAUUCGGAAGCUGCUGUAAACCACCAUUUCAUCUGUUAUCUCAAUUGCAGUGAUACGCUUCUCGAACUGGAUUCGCGAGCACCGUUACCGCGCAAGAUUGGCCCAACCAGCGAUGCUACAUUCUUGAGCGAUGUUGGUACUGCGUGCAAGUCGCUGAUGGACCAGUUGGGGAAUGUUUCUUUUAGUGCACUUGCGAUCGUUCGCUCUUCCCAUUAG